AUGGAAGUCCCCAACUUGUCAUAUCUGACAAAUCUGAAAGAGCUAUGCUUAAAUGAUGAUGAGCAGCCAGAAGGGGGGUCAUCGAGUCAGACCCCAAAUGUCGAGUGGAUCACGAGAUUACCAAGUCUAGAGACCUUGCAAUUGUCCGUUUCAAAGGUCACCAAUCUCCCUGGGAAUUUUAGUGCCCUUACUCAGCUCCGGGAACUCUCUUUAUCCUACAUGAAGGAGCUAGACCUCACACAACUUCCCUCCUCAAGCUUAUUGACUUUGCGGCUCAAAUACUGCAAGAUUCCGGAGCCAACAUUUUCUAGUCUGCAACAUCAUCUGUCAGAACUAGAACUAGAAUACUGCGAAUUAGCAGAGAUUGAUGGUCUUAAAGAUUUAAAUCGUUUGGUAGUCCUGACAUUGUCUCAUUGCAAGGGUGUGACAAACCUUAACGGGCUCAAGGAUUUACGACGUCUCAGGAAGGUGAAAGGUAUCUUUGAAGAUCGACCCAGUCUACCAAAAUUAUCCAAGCGUGUUAAACAGGACAUAUACCCAGAGGCUUAA